AUGCCCCCUCGGACCAAACAAACCUGCAAGAAGUCGACUGGUGGUGUGGCGCCUCGUGUCACCCUCAACCUACCUGGUGCCGUUUCGACCAUUUCAAGGGUAGAAGUGGGGACUGUGAGGAUUGAGGAGGAGGAGAGAAGGGACCACAACAAUUUCUGUCUUGUUUGUCGCGACGGAGCAGUGGACGACUACCACUUAUCACGCCACGUCACAUUUGUCUGCAUUUCCUGCCAUGUCCUAGCGCAACAUCAUGGCCACGGCUCCCAGAAUCCUUACUUCGGAUUUUACCGCGACGGGAAGCCCAUUUUCGACACAUUCCUUCAGAUCCGCGGGGCGCUUGAGUUGCCCCACCAAGCACAGGUUUCGUCCGAAACCGUGCUAUUCAUCCAUCUUAACCUCAUCGACAAUGACACGACGGGCGGCCCUUUCAAACUCUCGCAUGAUUUUCUCCUGCCUUACUUUCCUGACGGCGGAAUCAUUUUUCGUGAGGUCAUCUUUGACAUCGGCUCUGAUUCGAAGAUCGUCAAGUUUCAUUCUAUGGUCAACAAACUCGUCCUCAAACUCUUGGCUUUCCCUGGCGGUUGGAAACACAUUAUCUUUGGGGUCUCCGACCAUACCGACAAUGACUUCGGCGACCCCUUUGUAGGCUACAAGGGCAAGAAGAAAACUUAUAUUUCGACUCCAGUCAAUACUUUUUUGGACAUCGUGCUUGGUCCUUUCAAGGAUCUCAUCAACCUUGCUGUUGAAUCGUACCUAUGGUUGUUCUGUUGCGGCGCUAUUGUCGGCAGCUCCGAGAGCUUCAAAAACUUGAAGACCUCAGUACUCCAACAUCAACUUUCCGCUUCUGUAGCCUUCAAUGCAGUACGUUUCCAGCCAAGCUUCGCCACACAUCUUCUUCUUGCAUUCAUCGAGCGUGUCGUCAUUGAGCGAUUCUCUAUCAGCCAUGCAUUCCCUCUUAUGCUGAGUCACUCUCUCAACUUGGAUUGGACCAGUAGCUUCAGAGCUAUCCUAGUCAGUUAUCAAUCCAAGUUCUUGGCUGCCAAUUCAAAGUCAGAGCGGUCUCGUGUGAUCAAGAAAAUUCGAAAGGCCAUAGUUGUAGCUCACAAGGAACAAGGCGAACAAGUGCCUUUGCCAAGUUCUUUGAAGAAGGCAAUCAAAAAAUACUACGGACGCAAAAAUGACGAAGAAGAAUCUGAUGAGGAAGGAGCUGCAAAGGCAAGGGAGAUUAGUGCCCGUCCAAAGGAAGCAUCUUUCUAUAAGAAAAUGCUGACCGACUGGGACGUGGCUCAGAGAUUGUUUAAACAAGAAAUGGAUGAAUUUGACAAAGCAGAGCAGGCGAGAAAAGGUGUGAAGGAUCCCAUCAAGUUUCGUACUUGUCAUGCGCGAGAAUGGUUCAACCAAAUGUCAUUGACACAGAAGAAAGAAGUUGAUUAUGCACGAGAGAAGUGGAACACAGAGGGGGCACCAGAAGAAAGCCAGGUUAUGUAUUGUAAGAAUAAUCUCAAGAAAGUCCUUGAAGAUUUUUCUGAACAACUCCAUCGAACUAUGGGUUGCCACAUCGUGAUGCUUGUCAGUCACAAGAAACGAGCAGAUCAGACAUUGAACAUCACCUUACAUGAAUCUCAGCCUAGGAAUGUCAAAAAAAGUUUCUCCGUCAGCUCAGACGGUAUAAAAGAGUGGACUUCAACCGGGUUCGAGUUCUUUGCUGAGUGGGCGAAGGGCGAAUUUUACCCAACAGCUGAUCAAGACGACAAGGAAGAGGAGGAACAUGGACUACCUGAACUCAUUUUGGACGAUGAAGGCUAUGCCCAACUUCCUUCUCGUGAUGGUAUCAGACUUAAGGGUCAACAAGAGCUUGUAAGAAUGAUUUUUCAUGCUGCAUACAAAGUUUUCACUGGCACUAGUAAGCCCGUGCCCUGGCGUACCAUCACUCCUUGUCCAUCACAGAUAUCAAUGUCAUCUGGAAGUAUUGGAAGAGUCGGAGCGUGGCGAAAAAAGAGGCUUGUCUCUUUUAUCAAGGCAAGACCAAUGGACAUGAGACAUAGUAAAAGGGACAAAGCAAGUUCCAGAAAGGUGAAACCAUAUGACGAAGUUACCUCUGAAGAAGAACAGCAUAGUCUGGCUGGACUGGGUGCUACUUUAGCUGUAGUAUCGCUAGCUGAGGUUCCACUUGACCGCCGCUUUGAAUUUUUAGAUGGGCUCAGCACUGAUAGCUCUUACCUGGAGCUCGUAGAUGCAGUCAAGGAUCUGGCUAAAAUGACGGAAAAUAUUUCAACACCAAACGAGGAGCUUGAGUUACCUCCAUGGGUUGAUUGGUGUUGCGGAGAGUCUUACCUUCCAGAGUAUUUGCAUGGGUCACAGGACAUGGUGAUGGCCAGCUUGGAGGUAUUGACACAGGCCCCAAUCAGGUCUUCAUCCUCAGGUGCCCUAGUGGUUUUGGGCCUGGGUUUGAUUUUGAGAGACUGUAAACGAGUCAUCGAGUAUGAAGAAGACGAGGCCCCACCUGGUACCCCCAUCUACUUGGCCAGUUCAAUCAUGGACCUCCAAUGUAUGAUUAAGGUGGACAACGCAAUCCGUCAUACCUUAUGCGCCAUUGUAGGCCUCAUUGAGUUGGCGAUGAAGGCUACAUCAGGUGACUUUGAUGAGGGUGAUCAGGAGGAGAUGAAGGGAGUUGAUGGUGAGAACGUGGACAAGGAUGAGGACAAGGAAGAGGACAAGGACGAGGAUGAGGAUAAGGACAAGGAUGAGGAUGAGGAAGAGGAUAAGGACAAGGAUGAGGAUGAGGAAGAGGAUAAGGACAAGGAUGAUGAAGAGGAUGAGGAUGAGGAAGAGGAUGAGGACAUGGAAGAGGACAAGGACCAGGACGAGGAAGAUGAGCAGGAGGAGGUGACAGGAGAUUUGGAUGUGCAGAUGUAG